AUGUUAUGCGCACAUGAAAGAAGCCCCUCGGUUUCGUCGCAUGGUUCGUUGAACAGUACCCCAAUCGUUAAAGAAUGGAGAAAACGACGAUCAAUUCCAGAUUUGUUGGCAGGUCGCCAAACCUAUGGAAAACGAGGCCGUUUUGGGAAGCAAAUGGGUAUUCCCCAUGACCUCCUAUCCUAUCGUACAGCAUGGAAUCGUUCACGAUUGCAGAACAUGAUUCUAGCGGUUGGUCCUGGGACUCCUGCAGCCUUGGUGAUGGGUCAUGGACCUUUACACGCACAGGCUUCUGUCUCUACUUCGUCUUCAUCGUCAUCUUCGGCAGAAGCUGAACCGGAUUUAUCUGGUUCCGAAGAAAGUCUAGAAGAAGAUACCAGAGAACGAAACGAGGAAGGCGCUGAUGGCGACGGUGAUGACACCGGGGGAGAGAAUGAAGCUGCAGGAGGAAGUCGAGCUCGAUGGACGAGACAAAGGCGUACCCAAUCCGACAGCGACGAAAGUGGGGAGGAUGGUACACAGCAAUUUGUGAACGCUGCAUUCCGUCGGUUUUACGGCGAAGAUUCCUCGUCAUCAGAAGACGAGGAGGAAGUUCAGCAGAAUGGAAUUUGCAUGGAACCAAAGUAUGCUCCUUCCAUGCGACAUGGAGGGUGUAUUAAUACGGCGACCUGGAUGGACUGUGGGUGGCGUAUAUCAACAGCAGGGAGCUGCAACGAGCCGGUGAAGACUAUGGAUUGCCCAACCCAACUGGUGACUUCUGGGGAUGAUCAUUUGGUGAAAUUUUGGGACGUAAGAGAAGCAAUGGGUUCUACGACGCCGCUUGCUGGCGGUGUUACUACUAUGUGCCCUUUUGCGCAGUCUCACUACUGCCCAGGAAAUAAUGCUACAGAUGAAUGGAGUCGAUAUUUCAAUGCCACGGGCCGAAUCUCUGGCGCUGUUCUGCCUUUGGCCACAAUACGAACCGGGCAUUACAAUAACGUAUUUCAUGUCACACCGAUGGCCACGCCCGGGAAAGUGGCUACGUGUGGGGCUGAUGGAUACCUUAGGGUGGCCGAUUUACAAUCGGCGGAAUCUUCGGUUAUUGUAAGCCCAGAGUUCGACGAAGAACUCUCUGACAUGCUUCCGGCUGGUUUCCUUUCCAUUCGGUCCCCAAUGUGCUUUUCUCACCACUUUCUCAGUGACCACACUGGGCUACUCUGCUCUGAACGAGGCUUGAGGAGGUUUGAUAUUCGAGUGCCCCCACGGGCACAACCGUCGAGAAGUCUGUUGGGGAGGAGAUAUCGAGUUUGCAAGGCUUUUGCAGUGCUUUCUUCACCGGUGACAACAUCUUCUUUGGAAGAAGGGGAUUCUGUCUACGUGUUUGCUGGUGGCUCUUCCUCUGACAUCACCUUGUUUGAUCUACGAAUGACUGAUGCUUCUGCUGCGAACCGAGUAGUUCAGGUGUACCGUCCAUCUUCCCUCACGCCACUUCAGGACGUUUCUGUCAGCGGCAUCGACUUGUCACGCGACAGAAAAGAAUUACUAGUGUCUUACGAGUCUGAUCAGAUAUAUACUUUUCCUGUUUUCCCUCGGAAUGGAAAGGGACUAGGUCCCACAAUCGACGAGUUGCGGGACAUGCCUGUCGAACGAAGCAGUGGUCAAAAUGCGCCCCUAAGAGAGCUUGCUUCGUAUGGAGCACAUUUGAAUCGGUUUACUUUCUUAAAGAAUGCUAGGUAUGCUGGUCCUCGGGAUGAAUACAUAUGCACCGGUUCUGACUCGGGACACGCUUGGAUCUAUGAGAAAGCUACGGGAUCAGUUGUAUCCUUCUUAAAUGCCGAUAAUUCGACCUGUAAUGGCAUUGUACCUCACCCGUCAUUGCCUCUGUUCAUCACUUAUGGAAUCGACUCCACUGCCAAGUUGUGGAGGGCAACGACUCCCAUUGAUUCAGAAAUUGACGACUCGCCUUCGGGUCGCUUGGACGUGUAUCACAAGUCCCAUUAUGAAAUGAGUCCGAUCGUUCGAAAAUGGAAUGAGAUUCAGCCUCUUUUAAAGGUAUUGUUUGAAGAGCCAGGCUUUGAAAGCAAGGAUAUUCUGCCAGACAGCAUCCCCGGUGCUAAAGAGCGGAAAGAAGCAGACAUGUAUGGCUCACGUGGUGGUUUUCGAAGGCAUGGAGGACAGCCCCGAAUAUGCAAUGAUAUGCAAAAUUUGACUAAAGUCGUCAAGUUAAAUCUCUACUCAUGUAUCAAAUCACGAGUCGACGGUGAGGACGACGUACCAGUAGAAAGUGAUCUUGAUGCCUUGCAGCAUCGAGUCUGCAUGAUACGACAACGGCACCAGGCUGACACGAUGGGGUUACCGUGGAAUCCAAACAUCCCAUGGCGCCUGGAUAGCGCAGAAGGUCUAGACGUACACCCAGCGGACUUGAUCCCGCAGUCUCCUUCCGAUUGGAUCCUUCACGACUCUGAUAUGCACCGGAGCCAGAUGGGUCAACAUGAAUACUUCAACGCAAAACAAUAUGAAGACUUCUAUUGUCUUCGAUACUCCAAUUUGGAGGAUAUUGAGCCCUUCUCAAGAGGGCCGCUGGUGCAGCCUGGCAGUAUCCACGUAGGGGAUGUUAACCUGUCCAGAAAAGACGAGCAAAAUGAUGAUAAGACUACCGGGGAUAAACCAAAGAAGAGAAAAGAACACAAAGCGAAGAUCACUGAUGCUGCGAGAGCAAGCGGGUCUGAAGAUGCCGAAAUUGCAUCCAUCGACGAUGGAAAUGAAAGUGAGCAGACUGACUCGACGGCGCCAACAUGCAAAAUGAAUCAAUCGUCCUUCGAGAAUAACAAAGACGAUUUGGCUCACAAUCAACUAUAUCAAACUAUGUUGCUGCUGAAGGACGCGGGGAACGAAGCCCUUGAGGCAAGAAAUUUCGACACAGCUGCACGACGAUACGACACCGGUAUUCAAUAUGGAGCUGUCGCCUGCAUGUGUUAUCCGACGCUUAAGGUUAUCUUUUCAGAUGAGGCGGGCAAAGAAAUGAGAGCCAACGGAUGGCUUCAUCUCGAGUGGACCCCCACAGUGCGGUUGUUAAUCGUUCUCCGACUGAAUCAUGCGCUGGUGAUGCUCAAGCCUUACUUUGCACAACCCCAUCAUGCAGUAGAACAGUCUCGUUUGGCGUUGUUGGAGCUACGGCCCUUCUGUACAAAAAAAGGGAAGAUCAUGAAGGGCCCCAAAAUGACAGAAGUUUACCGAGAAGAUGAGCCUGAAGAUACCUUUCUGGACGCAAUAAAGCUGCAAGCAAAGGCCUUCUUUCGAAUGGGUUGUGCGCACUAUGAGAUGGGUGAAUACAGAGAGGCAAUACGGGCUUUCGAAAACAGUGUCAAGAGUACACAACUCUCAGGUGCUGAUACCGACAAGGGCGUCCUCCGACGAUUAACUAACGCCAAACGAGAAUAUAAGCGCACCAGGAAACAACAAAAACGCUUCAAGUUGUCUUUUGCGCCUGGUGACGAAGAAUCUGAGGACGACUCCAGUUGCUAG